AGACAUGACGAAGGAAUUGAGCGACAAAAUCGAUGUGAGUGUUGGGUUGGAAGCCCUGUGGCAAGCCUUGUCAAAGGAUUUGGCAGUGACGAUUGUAAAAGUUAUUCCAAAUAUAGUGAAAGAUGCGACAGUGGUGGAAGGUGAUGGUGGGAUAGGAACAGUCUUUCUCUUCAAUUUUUUCUCCGGUGUGAGCCCAGUGAGUUACCAAAAGGAGAAGAUCACAGAGCUUGAUGAAAUUUCUCAUGAAAUUGGGCUGCAGGUGGUUGAAGGAGGGUUUCUGGAGAAAGGCUUUUCAUACUUUAAGACAACUUUUCAACUAUCUGCAAUGGCAGAGGAAAAGACUUUGGUGAAGGUGAAGAUCUCUUUUGACUUUGAGUCUGAGAUGGCAGAAAGUGUUCAACCUGUGAAGUCAGCAGAGUCUGUUUUAUUCUUUGUGCGAUCCCUGGAAACAUAUCUGUUGAAUGAUGCUUGAAUUAUCGAUGCCUGGAAACGUACCAGGGUCCUUAUGUUAUGCUUUUUAAUGUUUGAAUGUUGUGUUUAACCAAAAUAAACUUAUGUUGGAUCAUUUUGACCAAAAGGCCUUGAUUUCUUAAGGUGAGUAAGUUGAUGGUUUAUACAUUA